CUCUGUUCAGCCCAGAGGAGCAGCCACACUGAAAAAAAAAAGUUUAAGUCAACUCUGAAGCAGAGGAGGGCGGGAGAGAGGGGGAGAGAAAACGCCCUGGAAACUUGGUAGAUCAAGAAAUAGGAAAAGAGUGACAGAUUCCUAACAGACUGCAAAGUUGUGACUGGAAGAAGUGCUUUGCUCGUGGACUGGGGAGAAGGGAACACGUUUUCAAGGAUGCUCAAGUUGGUGUAAGGCUUCGUGGGCGCACGGUUUGCGCACAGAAGCCAAGGAUACAAGAAACACAGCAGCAGACUGAGGGCCUUGGCCUUGCUUGAGCAAUCCAAGGAAAACCAAGAUAGAGUUUCGAAGACGCCAGGGCUUAAGUAGAGUAAAGCAAAAACAAGAUGGCUGAAGAGGAGGAAACCAGAGAGGUGCUCUUCCCAGAUUGGGAGGGUCCAGACAAAACUGGCUUGACCAUUGAACAGACAGGAGGAGAGAUCUUUGUUAAGGAGGUGAAAGGAGAGUCACCUGCAGCAAGAUCUGGACAAGUAUAUGAAGGUGACCAGAUUGUGGGUGCCACUGUUUACUUUGAUAACAUGAGCUCAGAAGAAACAGCUGAGCUACUGAAGACAUUGAACCGCCACAAGGUUGGACUGAAACUACAAAACAGAGACAAAUCCCCUCACUGCUCGCCUUUGAGCACACCGUGUCGUUCACCAAUUGGCACCCUGACAUGGGAAGGGAAGACCCGGUUUGGAGGUACCAGUCCAGACAUCAUCCUUGGUGGGGAGGAUGAGGACUAUAAGAGAAUAUACACAAAGAAGAUUAAGCCAAGGCUGAAGUCUGAAGACCUUGCAGAGGGAGUAGAUGUUCGCACAGAGCGGACAAGCAGCACGAGCAGUGAUGGCAGCACAAUUACUACCAUCACCCGCCGCAUCACUACCUACACCGUAGAUAUGCCGGGUGGCAUAAGUGAGCAACCUGAACUUUCAAGCCCAGAGUUCAAGGGGCUAAGGCACGAAUCCGGUGAUGGCUCUUCUCGUAUACGAAUCUCACCUGGCAGCCUUUCAGGUAACGUGGGAGCAGACGAGGGUGUUUUUGAGUCAAGCAAUGUCUCUUACACUGGGCCACAAGUUAGCUCCACAGAGACAAGCUGGGGCAGUGGGGGAGUUCAGACCACAACAACUACAAGAGAGGUAGAAGGUCUCAGAUUUAAAGGUCCUAACUUUGGAGCAGCAGGGGGUAAAGGCCAGGGAGGCUUUGAGAUCUCAAGAGGGAGUGGUGAGCAAGGUGAUGGAAGCAUUCAGAUGUCAGGCACAAGCAUGACACUGAGAGACAGCACAAACACUGGUAGUAGACAUGUUACAAUAGGAGGGUCGGGAGGUGCAGAGGUAACCUCAACUGAUGAGAAUGGAGGGUCAAUUAGUCUUUCUUUACCAGGAAAGGGCAUGCAGGGUUUGACUUCAUCCAUGGAUAAAUCACUGGAUGGAAGUGUUGACACAAGUUUUGGUGAGAGGACAAAGGUGAAGGUAUCUAAAUCUACCAUCAGUCACCCGCAGGCAAAGGGAUCAGGCAACAUUGAUCUUCCGAAUGUCAGACUUGGUGGAGGUUCCAUAGGUAUUGAUACUGAAUCGAGAGGUGGCAGGAUAGGAGGAUCAGCAAUAACAGUGGGCAAUGUUACUUCAGGAUAUUCCUCAGGGCCAGGCACGAUUUCAGGGGCAGGUGUGGAUGUCAACCUUACAGGUUCAAAGUUGAGAGAUGAGGUUGAUGUCAACCUGCCAAGCACAAAGGGGGGAAUAGACACUGAAGUUCCAGGCUAUGAAAAUGAGGGCACUGUGAGUAGUAUGAAAACAACCAAGAUGCCUGGGUUUGGAAUUAAAGGAAACAAGAGAGAGGGAACCAGUGUUGAAGUUAAACUCAGCGGUGAUGUGUCAAAGGUUAAAAUCCCAUCUUUACCAGAUACAGAUGUGAACCUGAGGGGUUCCAAGGUAGGAAAUAUUGACGUAACAGGGCCAAAGACUGAGGGAGAAAUAAAGGCACCCAAAAUAGACAUUAAAGGUCCAGCUAUUAAUAUUGAGGGGAAAGAAGGAGAUUUAAAAAUGCCUCAGAUUAAGAUACCAUCAUUUGGGGCCAAGGGACCAAAAGUUGAUAUAAAAACUCCGGGGGUUGCCUUUAAAGCACCAGAAAUCGAUGGUGGGGAAUCUGAUAUGAAAAUUGAUGGAGCAAAAAUCAAGAUGCCAUCCAAAACAGGACCCACAAUGCCAGAAUGGGAUAUCAGUGUGAAAGGAAGUAAUAUGAAAGGAGAUGUGUCAGUUCCAAAGAUUGAGGGACACACAACAAAAUCUAAAGUUGAGAUCAAAGGACCAGAAGUUGAUAUUGAAAGGCCAAAAGGUGGAUUUGAGAUGCCUGGAAUCAAAAUUCCAUCGUUUGGCUUUACAGAUCCUAAGGUGAAAGCUCCAGAUAUGGAUAUAAAACUUUCAAAACCUGAAAUUGAUGUCAAGGCACCUGAUGUAGACAUAAAAGCUCCCAAAGUUGAUAUUGAUAUUAAGGGACCUAAAGGUGGAUACAACCAGCCAAAAUUUACAAUGCCAUCCAUUGGCUUGAAAGGUCAGAAACUUGAAAGUGAUGUGGUUGCGUCCAUCCCAAAGAUUAAAGGAGACAUAACAUCACCUGGCAUUGACAUCGGAACUCCAGAGUUUAACAUUGAAGGCCCUGACGCAAAAAUCAAAGGACCCAACGUAAAGAUACCAACUAUAAAAGGACCAAAGAUGCCAGAAUUUGACAUCAAACUAAAAGGUCCUAAAGUCAAAGGAGAUGUGGAUGUUUCAGUCAAAGGAGAUCUAAAAGCUCCUGAUGUGGAUAUUGAAGGACCAGAUGUUGACAUUGAGGGCCACAAAGGCGGAUUUAAAAUGCCUAAAGUCAAAAUUCCAUCGUUUGGCAUUAAGGGUCCAAAAGUAGAAGGUCCAGAUGUUGAUAUAAACCUUCCCAAAGCAAACAUUGACAUCAACGCACCCAAAGUUGACAUUGACAGACCAGAGGUUGAUAUUGAAGGGCCAAAGGGUGGAUUUGGAAUGCCUAAAAUCAAGAUGCCAUCCUUUAAUAUUAAAGGUCAAAAGGUGGAGGGUCCAGAUAUGGAUGUAAACAUUGAUGUGAAAGCACCUGAUGUUGACAUUCAAGGGCCAGAAGUUGACAUUGAAGGACCGAAUGCAAAACUCAAGGGAACCAAAUUCAACAUGCCAACCAUAUCAGGACAGAAAAUCUCCAAGCCAGGUGUGGAUUUCAAUCUGAAAGGGCCACAAAUGAAGGGAGACUUCGACUUGUCAGCGCCAAAAAUAAAGGGAGACUUCAAAACACCUGAUGUUGACAUUAAAGAAUCAGAGGUCAAUAUUGAGGGGCCGAAGGGUGGAUUUGGAAUGCCUAAAAUCAAGAUGCCAUCCUUUAAUAUCAAAGGUCAAAAGGUGGAGGGUCCAGAUAUGGAUGUAAACAUUGAUGUAAAAGCACCUGAUGUUGACAUUCAAGGGCCAGAAGUUGACAUUGAAGGACCGAAUGCAAAACUCAAGGGAACCAAAUUCAACAUGCCAACCAUAUCAGGACAGAAAAUCUCCAAGCCAGGUGUGGAUUUCAAUCUGAAAGGGCCACAAAUGAAGGGCGACUUCGACUUGUCAGCGCCAAAGAUCAAAGGAGACUUCAAAACACCUGAUGUUGACAUUAAAGGUCCAGAGGUUAAUAUUGAGGGGCCGAAGGGUGGAUUUGGAAUGCCUAAAAUCAAGAUGCCAUCCUUUAAUAUCAAAGGUCAAAAGGUGGAGGGUCCAGAUAUGGAUGUAAACAUUGAUGUGAAAGCACCUGAUGUUGACAUUCAAGGGCCAGAAGUUGACAUUGAAGGACCGAAUGCAAAACUCAAGGGAACCAAAUUCAACAUGCCAACCAUAUCAGGACAAAAAAUCUCCAAGCCAGGUGUGGAUUUCAAUCUGAAAGGGCCACAAAUGAAGGGAGACUACGACUUGUCAGCGCCAAAGAUAAAGGGAGACUUCAAAACACCUGAUGUUGACAUUAAAGGUCCACAGGUUGAUAUCGAGGGUCCGAAGGGUGGAUUUGAAAUGCCUAAAGUCAAAAUCCCAUCAUUUGGUUUGAAAGGUCCAAAGGUUGAAGUUCCAGAUGUCGAUAUGAACCUCCCAAAGGCUGACAUUGAUGUGAAAGCAGCUGGCAUUGACAUUAAAGGCCCUGACGCAAAAAUCAAAGGACCCAACAUAAAGAUACCAACCAUAAAAGGACCAAAGGUGCCAGAAUUUGACAUCAAACUAAAAGGUCCUAAAGUCAAAGGAGAUGUGGAUGUUUCAGUUCCAAAGAUCAAAGGAGAUCUGAAAGCUCCUGAUGUGGAUAUUGAAGGACCAGAUGUUGACAUUGAGGGCCACAAAGGCGGAUUUAAAAUGCCUAAAGUCAAAAUUCCAUCGUUUGGCAUUAAGGGUCCAAAAGUAGAAGGUCCAGAUGUUGAUAUAAACCUUCCCAAAGCAAACAUUGACAUCAACGCACCCAAAGUUGACAUUGAAAGACCAGAGGUUGAUAUUGAAGGGCCAGAGGGUGGAUUUGAAAUGCCUAAAAUCAAGAUGCCAUCCUUUAAUAUUAAAGGUCAAAAAGUGGAGGGUCCAGAUAUGGAUCUAAACAUUGAUGUGAAAGCACCUGAUGUUGACAUUAAAGGUCCAGAGGUCACUAUUGAGGGGCAGAAGGGUGGAUUUGAAAUGCCUAAAGUCAAAAUCCCAUCAUUUGGUUUGAAAGGUCCAAAGGUUGAAGUUCCAGAUGUCGAUAUGAACCUCCCAAAGGCUGACAUUGAUGUGAAAGCAGCUGGCAUUGACAUUAAAGACCCUGACGCAAAAAUCAAAGGACCCAACAUAAAGAUGCCAACCAUAAAAGGACCAAAGGUGCCAGAAUUUGACAUCAAACUAAAAGGUCCUAAAGUCAAAGGAGAUGUGGAUGUUUCAGUUCCAAAGAUCAAAGGAGAUCUGAAAGCUCCUGAUGUAGAUAUUGAAGGACCAGAUGUUGACAUUGAGGGCCACAAAGGCGGAUUUAAAAUGCCUAAAGUCAAAAUUCCAUCAUUUGGCAUUAAGGGUCCAAAAGUAGAAGGUCCAGAUGUUGAUAUAAACCUUCCCAAAGCAAACAUUGACAUCAACGCACCCAAAAUUGACAUUGACAGACCAGAUGUUAAUAUUGAAGGGCCAAAGGGUGGAUUUGAAAUGCCUAAAAUCAAGAUGCCAUCCUUUAAUAUUAAAGGUCAAAAAGUGGAGGGUCCAGAUGUAGAUCUAAACAUUGAUGUGAAAGCACCUGAUGUUGACAUUCAAGGACCAGAAGUUGACAUUGAAGGACCAAAUGCAAAACUCAAGGGAACCAAAUUCAACAUGCCAACCAUAUCAGGACCAAAAAUCUCCAUGCCAGAUGUGGAUUUCAAUCUGAAAGGGCCACAAAUGAAGGGAGACGUCGAUGUGUCAGCGCCAAAGAUAAAGGGAGACAUGAAAACACCUGAGGUGAACAUCAAAGGUCCACAGGUUGAUAUUGAAGGUCCAAAAGGUGGAUUUGACAUGCCUAAAAUCAAAAUGCCAACAAUAUCAGGACCCAAGAUGCCACAUUGGGACGUGAAUCUGAAAGGGCCCAAAAUAGAGGGAGAUGUUGAUGUGUCAGUUCCAAAGAUUAAGGGUGACAUCAAAGGUCCCAAGCUCGAUAUUGAAGGACCGGAUGUUGACAUUGAGGGCCACAAAGGAGGAUUUAAAAUGCCUAAAUUUAAAUUGCCAUCCUUUGGACUUGGAAGUUCAAAUGUUGAAGUGCCAGAAGUUGAUGUCAGUCUCCCGAAAGCUGAUAUUGACAUUAAGGCCCCUGACUUGGAUUUCAAAGGACCAAAUAUUGACAUUGAGAGUCCAAGUGGUAAAAUCAAAGGACCCAAAUUCACCAUGCCAAGCAUUUCAGGACCGAAAGUUUCUAUGCCAGAUGUGGAUUUCAAUCUGAAAGGGCCACAAAUGAAGGGAGACUUCGAUGGAGAUGUUGAUGUGUCAGUUCCAAAGAUUGAGGGUGACAUCAAAGGUCCCAAGCUCGAUAUUGAAGGACCAGAUGUUGACAUUGAGGGCCACAAAGGAGGAUUUAAAAUGCCUAAAUUUAAAUUGCCAUCCUUUGGACUUGGAAGUUCAAAUGUUGAAGUGCCAGAAGUUGAUGUCAGUCUCCCGAAAGCUGAUAUUGACAUUAAGGCCCCUGACUUGGAUUUCAAAGGACCAAAUAUUGACAUUGAGAGUCCAAGUGGUAAAAUCAAAGGACCCAAAUUCACCAUGCCAAGCAUUUCAGGACCGAAAGUUUCUAUGCCAGAUGUGGAUUUCAAUCUGAAAGGGCCACAAAUGAAGGGAGACUUCGAUGUGUCAGCGCCAAAGAUAAAGGGCGACAUCAAAACACCUGAGUUGAACAUCAAAGGUCCACAGGUUGAUAUUGAAGGUCCAAAAGGUGGAUUUGACAUGCCUAAAAUCAAAAUGCCAACAAUAUCAGGACCCAAGAUGCCACAUUGGGACAUGAGUGUGAAAGGGCCCAAAAUAGAGGGAGAUGUUGAUGUGUCAAUUCCAAAGAUUGAGGGUGACAUCAAAGGUCCCAAGCUCGAUAUUGAAGGACCAGAUGUUGACAUUGAGGGCCACAAAGGAGGAUUUAAAAUGCCUAAAUUUAAAUUGCCAUCCUUUGGACUUGGAAGUUCAAAUGUUGAAGUGCCAGAAGUUGAUGUCAGUCUCCCGAAAGCUGAUAUUGACAUUAAGGCCCCUGACUUGGAUUUCAAAGGACCAAAUAUUGACAUUGAGAGUCCAAGUGGUAAAAUCAAAGGACCCAAAUUCACCAUGCCAAGCAUUUCAGGACCGAAAGUUUCUAUGCCAGAUGUGGAUUUCAAUCUGAAAGGGCCACAAAUGAAGGGAGACUUCGAUGUGUCAGCGCCAAAGAUAAAGGGCGACAUCAAAACACCUGAGUUGAACAUCAAAGGUCCACAGGUUGAUAUUGAAGGUCCAAAAGGUGGAUUUGACAUGCCUAAAAUCAAGCUGCCAUCAAUAUCAGGACCCAAGAUGCCACAUUGGGACGUGAGUCUGAAAGGGCCCAAAAUAGAGGGAGAUGUUGAUGUGUCAGUUCCAAAGAUUAAGGGUGACAUCAAAGGUCCCAAGGUCGAUAUUGAAGGACCAGAUGUUGACAUUGAGGGCCACAAAGGAGGAUUUAAAAUGCCUAAAUUUAAAAUGCCAUCCUUUGGGCUGAAAGGUUCAAAUGUUGAAGGGCCAGAAGUUGAUGUCAGUGUCCCAAAAGCUGAUAUUGACAUUAAGGCCCCUGACUUGGAUAUCAAAGGACCAAAUAUUGACAUUGAGAGUCCAAGUGGUAAAAUCAAAGGACCCAAAAUCACCAUGCCAAGCCUUUCAGGACCGAAACUUUCUAUGCCAGAUGUGGAUUUCAAUCUGAAAGGGCCACAAUUGAAGGGAGACUUCGAUGUGUCAGCGCCAAAGAUAAAGGGCGACAUCAAAACACCUGAGUUGAACAUCAAAGGUCCACAGGUUGAUAUUGAAGGUCCGAAAGGUGGAUUUGACAUGCCUAAAAUCAAAAUGCCAUCACUAUCAGGACCGAAGCUGCCACAUUGGGACGUGAGUCUGAAGGGGCCCAAAAUAGAGGGAGAUGUUGAUGUGUCAGUUCCAAAGAUUGAGGGUGACAUCAAAGGUCCUAAGCUCGAUAUUGAAGGACCAGAUGUUGACAUUGAGGGCCACAAAGGAGGAUUUAAAAUGCCUAAAUUUAAAUUGCCAUCCUUUGGACUUGGAGGUUCAAAUGUUGAAGUGCCAGAAGUUGAUGUCAGUCUCCCGAAAACUGAUAUUGACAUUAAGGCCCCUAACUUGGAUUUCAAAGGACCAAAUAUUGACAUUGAGAGUCCAAGUGGUAAAAUCAAAGGACCCAAAUUCACCAUGCCAAGCAUUUCAGGACCGAAAGUUUCUAUGCCAGAUGUGGAUUUCAAUCUGAAAGGGCCACAAAUGAAGGGAGACUUCGAUGUGUCAGCGCCAAAGAUAAAGGGCGACAUCAAAACACCUGAGUUGAACAUCAAAGGUCCACAAGUUGAUAUUGAAGGUCCAAAAGGUGGAUUUGACAUGCCUAAAAUCAAAAUGCCAACAAUAUCAGGACCCAAGAUGCCACAUUGGGACGUGAGUGUGAAAGGGCCCAAAAUAGAGGGAGAUGUUGAUGUGUCAAUUCCAAAGAUUGAGGGUGACAUCAAAGGUCCCAAGCUCGAUAUUGAAGGACCAGAUGUUGACAUUGAGGGCCACAAAGGAGGAUUUAAAAUGCCUAAAUUUAAAUUGCCAUCCUUUGGACUUGGAAGUUCAAAUGUUGAAGUGCCAGAAGUUGAUGUCAGUCUCCCGAAAGCUGAUAUUGACAUUAAGGCCCCUGACUUGGAUUUCAAAGGACCAAAUAUUGACAUUGAGAGUCCAAGUGGUAAAAUCAAAGGACCCAAAUUCACCAUGCCAAGCAUUUCAGGACCGAAAGUUUCUAUGCCAGAUGUGGAUUUCAAUCUGAAAGGGCCACAAAUGAAGGGAGACUUCGAUGUGUCAGCGCCAAAGAUAAAGGGCGACAUCAAAACACCUGAGUUGAACAUCAAAGGUCCACAGGUUGAUAUUGAAGGUCCUAAAGGUGGAUUUGACAUGCCUAAAAUCAAAAUGCCAACAAUAUCAGGACCCAAGAUGCCACAUUGGGACGUGAGUCUGAAGGGGCCCAAAAUAGAGGGAGAUGUUGAUGUGUCAGUUCCAAAGAUUGAGGGUGACAUCAAAGGUCCCAAGGUCGAUAUUGAAGGACCAGAUGUUGAUAUUGAAGGCCACAAAGGAGGAUUUAAAAUGCCUAAAUUUAAACUGCCAUCUUUUGGACUUGGAGGUUCAAAUGUUGAAGGGCCAGAAGUUGAUGCCAGUCUUCCGAAAGCUGAUAUUGACAUUAAGGCACCUGGCUUGGAUUUCAAAGGACCAAAUAUUGACAUUGAGAGUCCAAGUGGUAAAAUCAAAGGACCCAAAUUCAACAUGCCAAGCAUUUCAGGACCGAAACUUUCCAUGCCAGAUGUGGAUUUCAAUCUGAAAGGGCCACAAAUGAAGGGAGACUUCGACAUGUCAGUGCCAAAGAUAAAGGGAGACUUCAAAACGCCUGAGUUGGACAUCAAAGGUCCACAGGUUGAUAUCGAAGGUCCGAAAGGUGGAUUUGACAUGCCUAAAAUCAAAAUGCCAUCAAUAUCAGGACCCAAGCUGCCAGAUUGGGACCUUAGUCUGAAAGGACCCAAGAUAAAAGGAGAUGUGUCAGGUCCACAGAUUAAGGGAGAUAUAAAACCUGAGAUUGAGAUCAAAGGUCCUAAAAUUGAUUUAGAAAUUCCAGAAGGACAACUUAGUGGGCCAAAGAUGAAGUUACCAAAAAUAUCUGGACCAAAGAUAUCCUUGCCAGAUGUCAAUCUGAAGGGGCCAAAGUGGAAGGGCGAUGUGAAAGGGGAUGUUCAACUGCCAAAGGCUGAACUUGAGGGACCAGAUGUUACAAUUGAAGUUCCAGACAUUGGCACAAAGAAAAGUAAAUUUAAAAUGCCAAAGUUCGGCUUCAAGGGGCCAAAGAUAAAGGCCCCAGACACUGAUGUGGAAAUGGUAAAAGGGGAUAUCAGCAUCAAAGGAAAGACUGGUAGCUCUGAAGGUAUUGAUCUUGAUCUGGGAUUGACUAGUCCGAAAGCUAAAGGAUCAAAAUUCAAAAUGCCGAAAUUUGGUUUCAAAGGCCCAAAGGUCGAAAUGCCAGAUGUUGAUAUUAAUCUUCCCAAAGCUGGCGCUGAAAUAAAAAGUCCAAAUAUUAACAUUGAAGGACCAGAUGUUGACAUUGAGAGUCCAAGUGGUAAAAUCAAAGGACCCAAAUUCAACAUGCCAAGCCUUUCAGGACCGAAAGUUUCUAUGCCAGAUGUGGAUUUCAAUCUGAAAGGGCCACAAAUGAAGGGAGACGUCGAUGUGUCAGUGCCAAAGAUAAAGGGCGACAUCAAAACACCUGAGUUGAACAUCAAAGGUCCACAAGUUGAUAUUGAAGGUCCGAAAGGUGGAUUUGACAUGCCUAAAAUCAAAAUGCCAACACUGUCAGGACCCAAGCUGCCACAUUGGGACGUGAGUCUGAAGGGGCCCAAAAUAGAGGGAGAUGUUGAUGUGUCAGUUCCAAAGAUUGAGGGUGACAUCAAAGGUCCCAAGGUCGAUAUUGAAGGACCGGAUGUUGACAUUGAGGGCCACAAAGGAGGAUUUAAAAUGCCUAAAUUUAAACUGCCAUCAUUUGGGCUUGGAGGAUCAAAUGUUGAAGGGCCAGAAGUUGAUGUCAGCCUCCCGAAAGCUGAUAUUGAUAUUAACGCCCCUGAUUUGGAUAUCAAAGGACCAAAUAUUGACAUUGGGAGCCCAAGUGGUAAAAUCAAAGGACCCAAAUUCAACAUGCCAAGCAUUUCAGGACCGAAACUUUCUAUGCCAGAUGUGGAUUUCAAUCUGAAAGGGCCACAAAUGAAGGGAGACUUCAAAACGCCUGAGUUGGACAUCAAAGGUCCACAGGUUGAUAUCGAGGGUCCGAAAGGUGGAUUUGACAUGCCUAAAAUCAAAAUGCCGUCAUUUGGCUUCAAAGAUCCAAAAGUGGAGGGUCCAGAUGUUGACAUAAACCUUCCUAAAGCUAACAUUGAUGUCAAAGCACCCGACGUUGACAUUAAAGGGCCAGAAUUUGAAAUUGAAGGGCCUGAUGGAAAAUUGAAAGGACCCAAAUUCAAAAUGCCAUCAAUAUCAGGACCCAAGAUGCCACAUUGGGACGUGAAUCUGAAAGGGCCCAACAUGAAGGGAGAUUUCGAUGUGUCAGUUCCAAAGAUUGAGGGUGACAUAAAAGCUCCUAAGGUUGAUAUUGAAGGACCAGAUGUUGACAUUGAAGGCCACAAAGGAGGAUUUAAAAUGCCUAAAUUUAAAAUACCAUCAUUUGGACUUGGAGGUUCAAAUGUUGAAGGGCCAGAAGUUGAUGUCAGCCUCCCGAAAGCUGAUAUUGACAUUAAGGCCCCUGACUUGGAUUUCAAAGGACCAAAUAUUGACAUUGAGAGUCCAAGUGGUAAAAUCAAAGGACCCAAAUUCACCAUGCCAAGCAUUUCAGGACCGAAACUUUCCAUGCCAGAUGUGGAUUUCAAUCUGAAAGGGCCACAAAUGAAGGGAGACUUCAAAACGCCUGAGUUGGACAUCAAAGGUCCACAGGUUGAUAUUGAGGGUCCGAAAGGUGGAUUUGACAUGCCUAAAAUCAAAAUGCCGUCAUUUGGCUUCAAAGGUCCAAAAGUGGAGGGUCCAGAUGUUGAUAUAAACCUUCCCAAAGGUAAACUUGACAUUAAAGCACCUGACGUUGACAUUGAAGCGCCAGAAUUUGAUAUUGAAGGUCCUGAUGCAAAAUUGAGAGGACCCAAAUUCAAAAUGCCAUCAAUAUCAGGACCCAAGAUGCCACAUUGGGACAUGAGUCUGAAAGGGCCCAACAUGAAGGGAGAUGUCGAUGUGUCAGUUCCAAAGAUUGAGGGUGACAUUAAAGUUCCUGAGGUAGAUAUUGAAGGACCGGAUGUUGACAUUGAGGGCCAUAAAGGAGGAUUUAAAAUGCCUAAAUUUAAAAUGCCAUCCUUUGGGCUGAAAGGUCCAAAUAUUGAAGGGCCAGAAGUUGAUUUCAGCCUCCCGAAAGCUGAUAUUGAUAUUAACGCCCCUGACUUGGAUAUCAAAGGACCAAAUAUUGACAUUGGAAGCCCAAGUGGUAAAAUCAAAGGACCCAAAUUCAACAUGCCAAGCAUUUCAGGACCUAAACUUUCCAUGCCAGAUGUGGAUUUCAAUCUGAAAGGGCCACAAAUGAAGGGAGACUUCGACGUGUCAGUGCCAAAGAUAAAGGGAGACUUCAAAACACCUGAGUUGGACAUCAAAAGUCCACAGGUUGAUAUCGAGGGUCCGAAAGGUGGAUUUGAAAUGCCUAAAAUCAAAAUGCCAACAAUAUCAGGACCCAAGCUGCCCGAUUGGGAUAUGAGUCUGAAAGGUCCCAAAUUAAAGGGAGAUGUCGAUGUGUCAGUGCCAAAGAUAAAGGGAGACAUCAAAACACCUGACUUUGAUAUCAAAGGUCCACAGGUUGAUAUCGAGGGUCCGAAAGGUGGAUUUGAAAUGCCAAAAAUCAAAAUGCCAUCAUUUGGCUUCAAAGGUCCAAAAGUGGAGGGUCCAGAUGUUGAUAUAAACCUUCCCAAAGCUAACAUUGAUGUUAAAGCACCUGACGUUGACAUCAAAGGUCCAGAGUUUGAUAUCAAAGGUCCGAAAGGUGGAUUUGACAUGCCUAAAAUGAAAUUGCCAUCAAUAUCAGGACCCAAGAUGCCACAUUGGGACGUGAGUCUGAAAGGGCCCAACAUGAAGGGAGAUGUCGAUGUGUCAGUUCCAAAGAUUGAGGGUGACAUAAAAGCUCCCAAGGUCAAUAUUGAAGGACCAGAUGUUGACAUUGAGGGCCACAAAGGAGGAUUUAAAAUGCCUAAAUUUAAACUGCCAUCCUUUGGGCUAAAAGGUCCAAAUGUUGAAGGGCCAGAAGUUGAUGUUAGCCUCCCCAAAGCUGAUAUUGAUAUUAAUGCCCCUGACUUGGAUAUCAAAGGACCAAAUAUUGACAUUGGGAGUCCAAGUGGUAAAAUCAAAGGACCCAAAUUCACCAUGCCAAGCAUUUCAGGACCGAAAGUUUCUAUGCCAGAUGUGGAUUUCAAUCUGAAAGGGCCACAAAUGAAGGGAGACUUCAAAACGCCUGAGUUGGACAUCAAAGGUCCACAGGUUGAUAUCGAGGGUCCGAAAGGUGGAUUUGACAUGCCUAAAAUCAAAAUGCCGUCAUUUGGCUUCAAAGAUCCAAAAGUGGAGGGUCCAGAUGUUGACAUAAACCUUCCUAAAGCUAACAUUGAUGUCAAAGCACCCGACGUUGACAUUAAAGGGCCAGAAUUUGAAAUUGAAGGGCCUGAUGGAAAAUUGAAAGGACCCAAAUUCAAAAUGCCAUCAAUAUCAGGACCCAAGAUGCCACAUUGGGACGUGAAUCUGAAAGGGCCCAACAUGAAGGGAGAUUUCGAUGUGUCAGUUCCAAAGAUUGAGGGUGACAUAAAAGCUCCCAAGGUCAAUAUUGAAGGACCGGAUGUUGACAUUGAGGGCCACAAAGGAGGAUUUAAAAUGCCUAAAUUUAAACUGCCAUCGUUUGGGCUUGGAGGAUCAAAUGUUGAAGGGCCAGAAGUUGAUGCCAGUCUUCCGAAAGCAGAUAUUGACAUUAAGGCCCCUGGCUUGGAUUUCAAAGGACCAAAUAUUGACAUUGAGAGUCCAAGUGGUAAAAUCAAAGGACCCAAAUUCAACAUGCCAAGCAUUUCAGGACCUAAACUUUCCAUGCCAGAUGUGGAUUUCAAUGUGAAAGGGCCACAAAUGAAGGGAGACUUCAAAACGCCUGAGUUGGACAUCAAAGGUCCACAGGUUGAUAUCGAGGGUCCGAAAGGUGGAUUUGACAUGCCUAAAAUCAAAAUGCCGUCAUUUGGCUUCAAAGGUCCAAAAGUGGAGGGUCCAGAUGUUGAUAUAAACCUUCCCAAAGGUAAACUUGACCUUAAAGCACCUGACGUUGACAUUGAAGCGCCAGAUUUUGAUAUUGAAGGUCCUGAUGCUAAAUUGAGAGGACCCAAAUUCAAAAUGCCAUCAAUAUCAGGACCCAAGAUGCCACAUUGGGACAUGAGUCUGAAAGGGCCCAACAUGAAGGGAGAUUUCGAUGUGUCAGUUCCAAAGCUUGAGGGUGACAUAAAAGCUCCCAAGGUCGAUAUUGAAGGACCAGAUGUUGACAUUGAGGGCCACAAAGGAGGAUUUAAAAUGCCUAAAUUUAAACUGCCAUCCUUUGGGCUGAAAGGUCCAAAUGUUGAAGGGCCAGAAGUUGAUGUCAGCCUCCCGAAAGCUGAUAUUGAUAUUAACGCCCCUGACUUGGAUAUCAAAGGACCAAAUAUUGACAUUGGGAGCCCAAGUGGUAAAAUCAAAGGACCCAAAUUCAACAUGCCAAGCAUUUCAGGACCGAAACUUUCUAUGCCAGAUGUGGAUUUCAAUCUGAAAGGCCCACAAAUGAAGGGAGACUUCAAAACGCCUGAGUUGGACAUCAAAGGUCCACAGGUUGAUAUCGAGGGUCCGAAAGGUGGAUUUGACAUGCCUAAAAUCAAAAUGCCGUCAUUUGGCUUCAAAGGUCCAAACGUGGAGGGUCCAGAUGUUGAUAUAAACCUUCCCAAAGGUAAACUUGACAUUGAAGCACCUGACGUUGACAUUGAAGCGCCAGAUUUUGAUAUUGAAGGUCCUGAUGCAAAAUUGAGAGGACCCAAAUUCAAAAUGCCAUCAAUAUCAGGACCCAAGAUGCCACAUUGGGACAUGAGUCUGAAAGGGCCCAACAUGAAGGGAGAUUUCGAUGUGUCAGUUCCAAAGCUUGAGGGUGACAUAAAAGCUCCCAAGGUCGAUAUUGAAGGACCAGAUGUUGACAUUGAGGGCCACAAAGGAGGAUUUAAAAUGCCUAAAUUUAAACUGCCAUCCUUUGGGCUAAAAGGUCCAAAUGUUGAAGGGCCAGAAGUUGAUGUCAGCCUCCCGAAAGCUGAUAUUGAUAUUAACGCCCCUGACUUGGAUAUCAAAGGACCAAAUAUUGACAUUGGGAGCCCAAGUGGUAAAAUCAAAGGACCCAAAUUCAACAUGCCAAGCAUUUCAGGACCGAAACUUUCUAUGCCAGAUGUGGAUUUCAAUCUGAAAGGGCCACAAAUGAAGGGAGAUGUUGAUAUAAACCUUCCCAAAGGUAAACUUGACAUUAAAGCACCUGACGUUGACAUUGAAGCGCCAGAUUUUGAUAUUGAAGGUCCUGAUGCAAAAUUGAGAGGACCCAAAUUCAAAAUGCCAUCAAUAUCAGGACCCAAGAUGCCACAUUGGGACAUGAGUCUGAAAGGGCCCAACAUGAAAGGAGAUUUCGAUGUGUCAGUUCCAAAGCUUGAGGGUGACAUAAAAGCUCCCAAGGUCGAUAUUGAAGGACCAGAUGUUGACAUUGAGGGCCACAAAGGAGGAUUUAAAAUGCCUAAAUUUAAACUGCCAUCCUUUGGGCUAAAAGGUCCAAAUGUUGAAGGGCCAGAAGUUGAUGUCAGCCUCCCGAAAGCUGAUAUUGAUAUUAACGCCCCUGACUUGGAUAUCAAAGGACCAAAUAUUGACAUUGGGAGCCCAAGUGGUAAAAUCAAAGGACCCAAAUUCACCAUGCCAAGCAUUUCAGGACCGAAACUUUCUAUGCCAGAUGUGGAUUUCAAUCUAAAAGGGCCACAAAUGAAGGGAGACUUCAAAACGCCUGAGUUGGACAUCAAAGGUCCACAGGUUGAUAUCGAGGGUCCGAAAGGUGGAUUUGACAUGCCUAAAAUCAAAAUGCCGUCAUUUGGCUUCAAAGGUCCAAACGUGGAGGGUCCAGAUGUUGAUAUAAACCUUCCCAAAGGUAAACUUGACAUUAAAGCACCUGACGUUGACAUUGAAGCGCCAGAUUUUGAUAUUGAAGGUCCUGAUGCAAAAUUGAGAGGACCCAAAUUCAAAAUGCCAUCAAUAUCAGGACCCAAGAUGCCACAUUGGGACAUGAGUCUGAAAGGGCCCAACAUGAAGGGAGAUGUCGAUGUGUCAGUUCCAAAGAUUGAGGGUGACAUAAAAGCUCCCAAGGUAGAUAUUGAAGGACCAGAUGUUGACAUUGAGGGCCACAAAGGAGGAUUUAAAAUGCCUAAAUUUAAACUGCCGUCCUUUGGGCUAAAAGGUCCAAAUGUUGAAGGGCCAGAAGUUGAUGUCAGCCUCCCGAAAGCUGAUAUUGAUAUUAACGCCCCUGACUUGGAUAUCAAAGGACCAAAUAUUGACAUUGGAAGCCCAAGUGGUAAAAUCAAAGGACCCAAAUUCAACAUGCCAAGCAUUUCAGGACCGAAACUUUCCAUGCCAGAUGUGGAUUUCAAUCUGAAAGGGCCACAAAUGAAGGGAGACUUCGACAUGUCAGUGCCAAAGAUAAAGGGAGACUUCAAAACGCCUGAGUUUGACAUCAAAGGUCCACAGGUUGAUAUCGAGGGUCCGAAAGGUGAAUUUGACAUGCCUAAAAUCAAAAUGCCGUCAUUUGGCUUCAAAGGUCCAAAAGUGGAGGGUCCAGAUGUUGAUAUAAACCUUCCCAAAGGUAAACUUGACAUUAAAGCACCUGACGUUGACAUUGAAGCGCCAGAUUUUGAUAUUGAAGGUCCUGAUGCAAAAUUGAGAGGACCCAAAUUCAAAAUGCCAUCAAUAUCAGGACCCAAGAUGCCACAUUGGGACAUGAGUCUGAAAGGGCCCAACAUGAAGGGAGAUGUCGAUGUGUCAGGUCCAAAGAUUGAGGGUGACAUCAAAGGUCCCAAGGUCGAUAUUGAAGGACCGGAUGUUGACAUUGAGGGCCACAAAGGAGGAUUUAAAAUGCCUAAAUUUAAACUGCCAUCCUUUGGGCUUGGAGGAUCAAAUGUUGAAGGGCCAGAAGUUGAUGUCAGCCUCCCGAAAGCUGAUAUUGAUAUUAACGCCCCUGACUUGGAUAUCAAAGGACCAAAUAUUGACAUUGGAAGCCCAAGUGGUAAAAUCAAAGGACCCAAAUUCAACAUGCCAAGCAUUUCAGGACCGAAAAUGUCUAUGCCAGAUGUGGAUUUCAAUCUGAAAGGGCCACAAAUGAAGGGAGACUUCGACAUGUCAGCGCCAAAGAUAAAGGGAGACUUCAAAACGCCUGAGUUUGACAUCAAAGGUCCACAGGUUGAUAUUGAGGGUCCGAAAGGUGGAUUUGACAUGCCUAAAAUCAAAAUGCCGUCAUUUGGCUUCAAAGGUCCAAAAGUGGAGGGUCCAGAUGUUGAUAUAAACCUUCCCAAAGGUAAACUUGACAUUAAAGCACCUGACGUUGACAUUGAAGCGCCAGAUUUUGAUAUUGAAGGUCCUGAUGCAAAAUUGAGAGGACCCAAAUUCAAAAUGCCAUCAAUAUCAGGACCCAAGAUGCCACAUUGGGACAUGAGUCUGAAAGGGCCCAACAUGAAGGGAGAUGUCGAUGUGUCAGGUCCAAAGAUUGAGGGUGACAUCAAAGGUCCCAAGGUCGAUAUUGAAGGACCGGAUGUUGACAUUGAGGGCCACAAAGGAGGAUUUAAAAUGCCUAAAUUUAAACUGCCAUCCUUUGGGCUUGGAGGAUCAAAUGUUGAAGGGCCAGAAGUUGAUGUCAGCCUCCCGAAAGCUGAUAUUGAUAUUAACGCCCCUGACUUGGAUAUCAAAGGACCAAAUAUUGACAUUGGAAGCCCAAGUGGUAAAAUCAAAGGACCCAAAUUCAACAUGCCAAGCAUUUCAGGACCGAAAAUGUCUAUGCCAGAUGUGGAUUUCAAUCUGAAAGGGCCACAAAUGAAGGGAGACUUCGACAUGUCAGCGCCAAAGAUAAAGGGAGACUUCAAAACGCCUGAGUUUGACAUCAAAGGUCCACAGGUUGAUAUCGAGGGUCCGAAAGGUGGAUUUGACAUGCCUAAAAUCAAAAUGCCGUCAUUUGGCUUCAAAGGUCCAAAAGUGGAGGGUCCAGAUGUUGAUAUAAACCUUCCCAAAGGUAAACUUGACAUUAAAGCACCUGACGUUGAUAUUGAAGCGCCAGAUUUUGAUAUUGAAGGUCCUGAUGCAAAAUUGAGAGGACCCAAAUUCAAAAUGCCAUCAAUAUCAGGACCCAAGAUGCCACAUUGGGACAUGAGUCUGAAAGGGCCCAACAUGAAGGGAGAUGUCGAUGUGUCAGGUCCAAAGAUUGAGGGUGACAUCAAAGGUCCCAAGGUCGAUAUUGAAGGACCGGAUGUUGACAUUGAGGGCCACAAAGGAGGAUUUAAAAUGCCUAAAUUUAAACUGCCAUCCUUUGGGCUUGGAGGAUCAAAUGUUGAAGGGCCAGAAGUUGAUGUCAGCCUCCCGAAAGCUGAUAUUGAUAUUAACGCCCCUGACUUGGAUAUCAAAGGACCAAAUAUUGACAUUGGGAGCCCAAGUGGUAAAAUCAAAGGACCCAAAUUCAACAUGCCAAGCAUUUCAGGACCGAAACUUUCUAUGCCAGAUGUGGAUUUCAAUCUGAAAGGGCCACAAAUGAAGGGAGAUGUCGAUGUGUCAGGUCCAAAGAUUGAGGGUGACAUCAAAGGUCCCAAGGUCGAUAUUGAAGGACCGGAUGUUGACAUUGAGGGACACAAAGGAGGAUUUAAAAUGCCUAAAUUUAAACUGCCAUCCUUUGGGCUUGGAGGAUCAAAUGUUGAAGGGCCAGAAGUUGAUGUCAGCCUCCCGAAAGCUGAUAUUGAUAUUAUCGCCCCUGACUUGGAUAUCAAAGGACCAAAUAUUGACAUUGGGAGCCCAAGUGGUAAAAUCAAAGGACCCAAAUUCAACAUGCCAAGCAUUUCAGGACCGAAACUUUCUAUGCCAGAUGUGGAUUUCAAUCUGAAAGGGCCACAAAUGAAGGGAGACUUCAAAACGCCUGAGUUGGACAUCAAAGGUCCACAGGUUGAUAUCGAGGGUCCGAAAGGUGGAUUUGACAUGCCUAAAAUCAAAAUGCCGUCAUUUGGCUUCAAAGAUCCAAAAGUGGAGGGUCCAGAUUUUGACAUAAACCUUCCUAAAGCUAACAUUGAUGUUAAAGCUCCUGACAUUGACAUUGAAGGGCCACACAUUGAUAUUGGAGGGCCAGAGGGAAAAAUCAAAGGAUCAAAAUUCAAGCUGCCAUCAAUAUCAGGGCCUAAGCUGCCAGAUUGGGAUCUGUCACUUCCAAAGAUCGAGGGAGAUAUAAAAACUCCCAAGUUGGAUAUUCAAGGACCAGAGUUUCACGGCCACAGAGGAGGAUUUCAAAUGACAGGUCCAAAUAUUGAAGCGCCAGAAGUUGAUAUUAACCUUCCCAAAACAAACAUUGAUGUGAACGCACCUGAUUUUGAUAUCAAUCUAAAAGGGCCUAAAGUCAAAGGAAAGAUGGAUGCAUCAGUGCCCAAAUUGAAAGCAGAUAUCAAAGGUCCAAAUGCUAACAUUGCAGUACCCACCAUCACUAUGGAAGGUGCGUCUGUUGAUUCGGUAAAGACAGGUGUUACAUUUCCCAAGUUCAAAGGUCCUAAGUUUGGAUUGAAAUCCCCGGAAGUGGAGGGGAAGACAAUAGCAAGUGAAGCAAGUCUUGAUGCCCCUGAUAUUAAUAUCAAUGUAAAGGGGAAAAAGGGGAAAUUCAAACUUCCUAAAGUGAAAGGAAAGUCAAAGAAACCUGAUCUUGAGUUAGAAACACCAGACUUGGAUGUAGACACACCCAAUAUUCAUGUCAAAGGAACAAAGGUAAAGAAGCCUGUUUUUGGUAAGCUUCAUUUCCCUAAUGUUGAAUUUGAUCUCAAAUCACCAAAAUUGAAAGGCGAUGGAUCUGACAUCGAUUUUCCAUCUGCUAGCUUGAACGCCGGUAUUGAAGGUUCUGGUUAUGACAGUCCGGAUGUUCAUUUGGGAGGUACAGAUGUGAAAUUAAAGUCUCCUAAUAUUAAAAUGCCAAAUGUGAACGUGUCCGCUCAAGGCCCAAGAAUAAAUACAAAAGGUGGUGUAGAGAUUGAUGCAAGUGCUCCAGGGGGCAGUGCAAGUGGUGGCCUUCAUUACCCAGAAGGUACUGUAACCUUUCCCAAGGUCAAGGUCCCAAAAUUUGGUAUCAAACUGCCUCAGUUGGAAGGCCAGGGAGGGGGAGGAAAUGUUGAGUCAGCUAGUGGAGGCAUAAACAUACAGUCUCCAUCUGUUAGUGGCCAAGUCAGUUCACUAAAUAUUGAGGUCCCUAGUCCAGAUCUGAGGCACAGAGAAGGCAAAAUGAAGGUAAAGAUGCCAAAACUGUUUGGCAAAUCAAAAGCAAAGGGCAGUAGUGCAGGUGACCUUCGAGGACCAGACGUAGGAUUGAGUACAAGUGGAAAAGGGGAACUGAUGGGUGGAAAAUUAGAACUUGAGGGUGAUCCUGGGCUCAGUGUGUCAACUAAAGGCAAGUCAGCCUCACUCGAUCUAUUUAAGAAAUCAAGGCAUCGGUCUUCUUCUGAUGAGGGGGGGCUUGCAGUUAGUCCUCAUUCAGCUACCUUAGAAGCUGGGAGUGGUGACAUUUCAUUAGACCUAGGAGAAAGCAAGGUCAAAGGAAAGAAAGGCAAGUUGAAGUUUGGCACCUUUGGAGGUUUUGGUGCAAAGUCAAAGGGCUCAUAUGAAGUGUCACUUGGUGAGGAGGGUGAAGCAGGUGCAGGUGUUGCUCUAUCCUCGAGAAAAAAAUCAAGAUUGUCUUCAUCUUCCAGCAGUGACAGUGGUUCAAGAGGUGGUUUCAGGUUCCCAAGACUUGAACUAUCUGUUUCACCAAAAAAAUGAUUUAUGAGGUAAAUUAAACUCUCUCAUGUACUCCCAAAUAUACACUCCUAAUAUGGCAAAUUCUUCAAUCUAAAGAUAGAUCUUUAAAACCUAAGGGGACGUACACAGUCAUCUCAGUAUCGUUAACUAUGAGAAGUUAUUUUUUUUAGUAAUUAGACAGGAGUGCAUGAGAUUGUUUAAAAUCCCUUAUAACUGUAAAUAAGAUUAAUUUGUAUUGUAAUAAUAAUAUUGUUUUUUGUACAUAGUCCAGAUUUAUUGAACAUAUGCCAUCUCACCAAAUUUUCAUCAAGAGUUUAUUACAGGGUUGUCAUUUUGUCCUAUUUCAUUCUAUUAAAUGAAUGUUAUUAAUGAACGGGUGUGGUAUAUUUGUAUCCAGGGGUCUAUUGCACAGAACAGAUAGUUACAAUUGUUAUUUUGAAGGAAAAUGUUGUUUAUAAACCCAGACACAAAUAUAAACAGUUACCUUUUUUUUUAAUGUAUGAAAUGAUUUUAUUUUCGAGCUUUGAUAUUAUAUAACCAGUGUAGAAGCAUAUUUAGGCAACAUAGAGCUGGUCCUUUCUAACACAUUUUAAAGAGUACAGGUGUUGCAUUUAGCGUAAUUGCAAAGACAAUCACUGUUUGGAAACUACCAACUCUCUGAAGUGCUGUUCAUUUUUUUAAGAAAUUUUAUUCACCCUCUGAUUCUGUGUCAUUUACCAAAAACAUGCAUUGUUUCAUUUGCUUCCUAAUGUGUCUGUGUAAUUUUCAUUCUUACCUGUUUUAUGAUGCCCCUCUGUAUUUUAUUUGCUGUCACUCUCUCUUUGUACACACACCUUAUCAUAAUGUUAAAAAAAAAAAUCACAAAUAAACUGUCACUGUUUGAUUUCAGUAAAAUCUGUGUUGGUAGAGAGUUGCAUUGUUUAGAUCAGAUAUGAUGGAGAUAUAGCAUGAUUCUUUGGGUCUAUUCUUGUGUGUGUGUAUUCUGCCGGAUAAACUAAAUAAAAAGAUUUAUAGAAUUUAAAA